AUGUCUGUGGAUGAAUUUCAUCAAGCCUUGAAGGCAGGUGAAUUAUCCGAUAUGGUGGUCAUUCGACCUAACCUCGAGCUGAACUCAUCCUCGCUUGUCGAUGAGACAGUCCUCGAAGAUACAAAGGCGGCACUUAGUGCACGUAGUGGAGCACCUAUUCUGAAGAACCCUUCAGAUCCCCACUAUCAUUUAGCUAAGGAAUUCCGGGACGUCGUGUGUCGCGAUCCACCGUCAGUUCUACCGCCUGAUAGGGGUGUACGUCAUGAGAUUGACUUGGUUCCUGGAACCAUAUACUGCGUCACACGGCAGUGGCCUUUACCCAAAGAACAGUGUGACGUCAUUGACGAGUUCUUUCGUGUAAAGCACGUGGCGGGUAUGGUGCACGAGAGCAAAUCUCCGCACUCGACACCCACUUUCUGA